CGUUGGCACCAUGGCGCUCGAACUGUUCUCCAAGAAGUUUAUGGAUGCCGCUUCCAGGUGGUAUCAAAAAUCUGUCGGCCAUGAACUCAACAAAAUGGGCCUGAGAUACGAGGAUCUAUUGAUCAGCGACCGACCGGAUGUUUCGGAGGCCAUGCAAUUGGCAGACCCCGACGUUAUCAAAGGACGCAUGCGUCGUUUGAAGCGUGCGUCCGAUUUAUCCUUCAAGGCGAAGGAAUUAACUGAUUACCAACCCGAUAUGAAAUACGAACCGUUCAAGUUAGAAAUGUGGGAUGAUAUUAAGAAGAUCCAGAAGCGAAAUGAAGAAGCCUUGUUGCUUGACAUGCACAAGAAAUAAACGAAGGACCGUCGCACUGACUUUAAAAACCAUAGCCACAACUUUUAUUUCU